AUGGCGCGCGUAUAUUCCCAUCGGAUGCACCCUGUUCUUGCGGAUUGUUCUGCUUUCUCAGAAAACAACGUACAUGUAUUUGCUUGGAAGUGCGUUGUUCGUCUUUUUAUCUCUCUUCUGUUUGCGUUUCGCGUCUUGGUGUUUUGUGCUGCUGACUUCUCUCUUUCUUCUCCUUCUUUCAAAAACGCCCGUUUACGAAAACACGCAGUUUACUUCACCACAGGCGUGGCUGGUUUAAUGCUCUUAGUUUGCGCGUUCGCGUACAUUCUUCUCGACACGGACAAAUACGGUAAGAUCCGAUCGAGUUUCGAUAAGAGACCGUGGAGGAACAUGAAAAGUUUGUUCCAAAGAACCGAAGAGGAGGAAGUAUUCGUAAACUUCAACGCGAUGAAGUGUCCAUUCACGAAUAAUCCAGUGCGAGGCACGUGCCCUAUAUGCUGUUCGUUGACGCAUAAAGAUGGGUAUUAUCACGGCGAUCCCCAUGUAUUGCACGAAUUUUCCUCGCAAAUUGUCGAACACGAGAUGGCGAAAGAGGCGUCGGCGAUGGAUCACAAACCAGUUCUGGGACGAAUUCAAUUGGACACCUUAAUCGCGUAUAGAGCGAACUAUUUGUUUGCAACUUUGAGCCCUUCGUGUAAAGGAUGUUAUUAUAAAACGUGGUGUUGGAAUGUCGGAUAUCGAAUGACUUGGCAAUCGGCUAUAUUAGGAUUCAACUGCAUGAUGUGCACGUACCUCUUUGGCGAAGACAUUCAAAUAUUUUACGCCGAUUUACGAGCCAUUUUAUUUUGCAUGUCCAUGUUCUUCUCCGUGUCCACGUUGUACAUGUUACUCGCGUUAAUUUGUACUUCCGUGGUAUUUAUAUACGAACAUCCGCACUUCAUGGACCUAGACGCGAUACCAAAGUUUAUCGACUUGAAAAAUAACGAGCGCGUACGGAGCUGGGUCUAUUGGUUCGCCGACGAAAGCGCCAGGUUUGGCGUCAAUCCAACGAAGUCGUAUUGGACCGUGUUCUAUUCCAAGAAGGAGAAAGAAGAGCAAAGAAGAAGACGGUGA